AUGCAUCGCUACUCAUUCCCCCAUGAGCCCGUCGCUAAUCCCGAUGCGGUCGUCGGCGGCACUGGCAAAUACCGAUUUACACUGCUGGCCGACGGCCUCCUACGUUACGAAUGGGCUGAAGAUAGUCAGUUUGAGGAUCGAGCAUCAGUGUUGGCUAUCAACCGAUGCUUGCCUGUUCCAGAGUUUCGAGUGAAGGACAACGAGAAAACCCUCCAGAUCAUCACCUCUCGAUUCCACCUCACCUACAACAAACAAAACUUCUCUCCGAGUAGUCUCAGUGCAGUGGUCAAAGGCCACUACAGUGCUCAUUCUAGCGUCUGGCGCUAUGGAGCUUCAUCUUCAAAUCUUGGAGGCACAGCUCGUACCCUGGAUGAAAUCGAUGGACGCACAGCCCUUGAGCAAGGUGUCAUCUCCAGGCAGGGCUACGCGACUUUAGAUGACUCCAAAUCCAUGCUCUUUGAUGAAAACCAAUGGGUGACUACACGGUUGCCUGGAGACCGGGUAGAUGGAUACCUCUUUGCCUAUGGGCAUGAUUAUCAACAGGCCAUUCAGGCAUUCUACCUUCUCUCUGGACCUCAGCCCCUUCUCCCUCGAUGGGCACUGGGAAACUGGUGGAGUCGAUACUAUGCGUACACCUCGGAGGACUAUCUUGAGCUGAUGGGCAAGUUCGAAGAGAACGGAAUCCCACUUUCUGUUGCAGUCCUGGACAUGGAUUGGCAUAUUGUUGAUGAUGCUCGAGUCAAAGAGGCCGGAGUGACAGGUUGGACUGGAUACACCUGGAACAAGAAACUUUUCCCCGAUCCAAAAGCCUUCUUGGCAGCGCUCCACGAUAAGGGUCUACGCGUUGCUUUGAACGACCAUCCUGCAGAUGGAGUCCAAAGCUAUGAAGACCCCUACGAAGAGAUGGCGCUCGCACUGGACCAUGAUACAUCCAUGGGAGACCCCAUUCCCUUCGACAUUACCAACCAAUCUUUCCUAGAUGCUUUCUUCGAUGUCUUACACCGAAGGUUUGAGAAAGAAGGUCUUGACUUAUGGUGGGUCGAUUGGCAACAAGGGACACACUCUCGUAUUCCAGGUAUCGACCCUCUUUGGGUCUUGAACCACUACCACUUCCUGGAUAGUGCACUUGACAACAAGCGGCCGCUGACAUUUUCACGAUACGCUGGGCCUGGUAGCCAUCGCUUACCCAUCGGAUUCAGUGGCGACACUUGCAUGACUUGGGACUCUCUCAACUUCCAGCCCGAGUUCACGGCCACUGCCUCGAACAUUGGCUAUGGCUGGUGGAGUCAUGAUAUUGGUGGUCACUUUCACGGGGAAAGAAGCGAGGAAAUGCUAAUUCGUUGGGUCCAACUUGGCACUUUCUCGCCUAUCUUGCGACUGCAUUCAUCCAACAACAUUUUCAGCAUCAAGGAACCGUGGAACCUUGCAAUGCCAUAUCGACAGGUGAUGACAAAGUAUCUCCAACUUCGCCAUCGACUGGUCCCAUAUCUGUACACAAUGAAUGCACGGGCAGCCAUUGAGGGAAUCCCUCUAGUCCGGCCAAUGUAUUGGGGUUACCCCGAUAGUGAAGAAGCCUACAACGUCCCCAAUCAGUAUAUGUUUGGCUCCGAGCUCAUUAUUGCUCCCAUUACUACUCCGAGUGACCCGAAUUCCCACAGAUCGGAGGUUUCCGCCUGGCUUCCUCCUGGUCGAUAUGUGGACCUCUCCACUGGCAUGGUGUAUGAUGGAGACCGUCAAAUUCGACUUAGUCGUGCCGUCAAAAAAUACCCAAUCUUCGCACGGGAGGGCGCCAUCGUUCCAUUUGACUCAUCCCCGGUCCUUCGAAAUGGCUGCGAGAACCCUACUGUGUUGGAACUCAUGGUGGUUGUUGGUGCCGACGGCAAAUUCGAGCUCCUUGAAGAUGACGGCAAAGGACAAUCAGUGGAUCAAAUCAAGUUCCGCCGCACUCCGAUUUCCUUCCACCAAGAAAGCAAUGAGCUGAUCAUCGGUCCCACCAGUGGUGAAGAUCAAACUUCCCAUACGCGCGAGUGGAAUGUGCAGUUUAUCGGAUAUCAGCGACAUGAGAAAGCACAGGUAUCCAUCGUCACGAGCCUUAACGAAAGUAGAACCGUUGAAUCUGAAGGAAAUGGACGCUCUCUCGCGGUCGAACUAGGAUCGUUUGCCAGCAAUGUCAAGAUUACGGUUCGAUUGGAGAAGGAUCCUGUACUUGAUGUGCAAGAGACCGCACCUCAAAUUGUCAAGUUUUUGCGCAAUGCUCAGAUGAAUAUGGAUUUGAAGGAUCGUAUCAGAAGAAUUGUCGAAAGCUCCAAGCCCAAGCUUAUACAGAUUAGCGAGCUACAUGCUCUUGCUUUACCUUCUCCUUUGUUCAAUCCUAUCAUUGAGGUUCUUCUGGCGGACUCCCGUGUUUUUGAGACCUGA